GGCGACUAUGGGCAGACUGGGCUAUUGGACCCUGCUGGUGCUGCCGGCACUUCUGGUCUGGCGCCAUCCGGCGCAGGGUGCGGCGGCGGCGAAGGGUACCCCGGCGCUGAACAUCGCGGUGCUGCUGGGUCACAGCCACGACGUGACGGAACGUGAACUGCGAAACCUGUGGGGCCCGGAGCAGGCGACUGGGCUGCCCCUGGACGUGAACGUGGUAGCACUGCUGAUGAACCGCACGGACCCCAAGAGCCUCAUCACACAUGUGUGCGACCUCAUGUCCGGGGCGCGCAUCCACGGCCUGGUGUUUGGGGACGACACCGACCAGGAGGCCGUGGCCCAGAUGCUGGAUUUUAUCUCCUCACAGACCUUCAUCCCCAUCCUGGGCAUCCACGGGGGCGCAUCUAUGAUCAUGGCUGAUAAGGUAAGGCCGGAAGCGAUGGUCUGCGAGGACUCCGGAGUGCGCUAG